AUGGCGGAAGGGACUGAUCCUGUUCCUAUCUCACAGAGUCAGAAUUUUAAUCUGCACUCUGGUGAGACGGAGUCUCUUCAGGUUUUGAAGCCUUUUCCGGCGCCUGGAGUCUCCUUGCCACAAUUAAAUUCUGAAAAUGGAGAAAAAUCAAGACACGGGAUAUUUAGAGUGCUUGCUGGCAUUUCGCCAGGCACCUCAGCUAGUACGGCUGACCCGGAUAUGCAAAUGAGCAAUCCUUUGUGUACGUCUGCAGAAAGCAGUGUGACCAGCGCUUAUCAGAUUCACGCUGGGCCAGGAGCUAUUUAUAGUCCGGACAAUUUAUGUAACCGCGCUCAGCCAAGUAGUCUCCAUGGAAACGUUUUCCCGGGAUGCAGCACGGCGACGAGAUCACCGUUUGAAACGGGAUUCAAUAUGGCCGCGCCCAUGAACAAUAACAUGUUAGCACUUUUGUUUGAACAAUAUAAAGAAACUAGGGAAUUAUAUAAGCAACAGCAGUCAACGUUAGAUAAACUAACCUCGGCGGUUAAUAAUGUUAUUAACACAGACAGGUCAGCAACGGGAGAGGACGACUGUGUUUCGGAAGACCAAUAUGAACCAGUCUCGUCCGACGAAGACGAAAAUCCCUCUGACGAAGAACCGCCAUCGAAAAAACAAAAGUAUGAAUCAUCCUCAAAUAUUUCGGAUUCAAAAUUGAAAAAAUUAAAAUUUAUUGAGGCACAAUUUAGUAAACAAGAGGAAUUCGGUCCAAAAGUUCACGAAGUGGUAGGCUCCGCAGUCAACAAGGGUUUAGUGGAACCUGUAGAUCAUAAGGCCUCUCAAGUUCAAGACCUCCUGAAGAAGUAUAAUCGGCCAGAAAACUGUACAUCAUUACAAGUCCCAGUCGUAAAUAAAUUAUUAUGGUCAAGCAAACAAACCAGCAAAGACCUGAAACAGGGAGACAGAUCGUUUCAGAGAGUGCAAGGAUAUUUGACGAAAGGAAUGAUUCCUUUAGUUCAAAUAAUGAACAAAACACUAACCAUGGAUUCCGAGGAGGCAGAAGAGUUAUUUGAUCUUUCCUUAGACGCAUUCAAUUUAUUAGCUUAUUCGCAUCGUGAUUUAUCAUCCCAGCGGCGUCGGCUGUUGCUGCCGGCAAUAUCAUCGAGGUACUCGAGCUUAUGCAACGAAUAUGAAAAUGUGUCAUCGCCAACUCACUUAUUUGGUGAUGAUAAAGAUUUGGAAAGGCGUCUGAAAGAGAUCGACGACAAUCAGAAGCUUGGGAAAAGUUUAGUUGUCACAAAUGACAAACCUAGACAGCUUAAGACAGGACCCAGGUGGGGGGCAAAACCUCAACACUCCAGGACAACACAUGGUCGGGAUUUUUUAGGGAAAAGGGCCCUGAACCAACACCGGGUUGCACACACACACCAGCGCAUGGGCAACCGAAAAGUGGAACAGGGCCAGAAAAAACAGCACAAAUUUUAAAUUGUGAUUGGUCAAGUGUUACAAAAAUUGGAGCAAGACGAAGCGGAAGCGGUAUUAGUAGCCCCGCUGUUUUCGACACAGCCAUGGUUUCCUCGGUUACUACAGAUGGCAGCGGAUCAACCGAGAAUAUUACCUCCAGU